AGCCAGCCCAUAGGAGGUGGAGCCGCUUCGUGGGCGGGCAAAGGGCCUGGCGUGGCUUAGCGCCGCUGCAGAAGCGAUCCCGGGAGGGACGCAGGCGCAAAAAUUUCCGGCUGAGAAGCGAGACCCGGGCAGCUGCCUGCCCGGGACGGUGCGUCAAUGAGUUGCGAGGUGGUAGUGCUGUACUUUGCAAGAAGUGCCGAAUUAGCUGCUGUCCGCACGGAGACCAUUUCCGUGCCCCAACAGAUAACCUCGCUGCAGCUGUGGGAAGAAAUUGUGACGAGACAUCCAAGGCUUGCUACUAUACAGGAUCAAGUCAUCUUUGCUGUCCGCCAGGAAUACGUGCUCCUAGGGAAUCAUCUGCUGCUCCUGCACUCGGGUGACGAAGUUGCCGUUAUUCCACCUAUUAGUGGGGGUUAGCUCUGAGAAAGUGCCCUUGGCAAAAACAUGAAUGAAAGUGAGGAAGAGCCCAAGGACUUGAUAACACUGAAAUAUGAGAAGCUCUCUGCAGAUGAAAUCUCAGCCUUGGUGACUUCUCCUUGCUGUGGGGCUGUGACCCUGUUCAUUGUGUGGUUCCCAUUAGUGAAGCGAGUGUGAUGGUAGCAGUCUCUUCCCCACACCGAGCAGAGUCCCUCGAAGCUGUACAAUAUGGCAUCAAUACUUUAAAAGCAACAGUCCCUAUAUGGAAAAAGAUUGGAUGAAACCUUGCCCCCUAUCCUAUGCCAUGGCACCCCUGGGAGUGGGAAAAGAUGUGCAUACCUACCCAUGGCAUGCUGUGUCAUGUUUAUUUUUGUGUAUUUUUGGUUUUGUAAAUAAAAAUAUCCGAUAAAGUAACUUUUGAUUUACUUUCAGACUGCAGAUACUGUAUUUUUAAUAUAAUUCAACAAUUCUCACCCAUGGUGCUUUUUUGUUGUAGGAGGUCUAUGGAGACGAAUAUUGUUGGAAAGAGAACAAGGAGUGCUUUUGGACCAAGAGAGAAAAAUAAAAUUCUGCCAAUAUGUUCAUUA